AUGGAGAUGGAGAUGAAAAGAAAGGGAAAAAUGGUAAUAAGUCCUCCCCGAUCUACAAAAGUCAAUGAUACUGAAAUUUUGGGAGGCGAAUACGAAGUCUUCUUGAGUUGCAGAAGCUCAAACACUUGCCAGGCAUUCUCCGAUUACCUGUACAAUCAUCUCAUGGGCGUACGAGUUGGCACCUUUUGGGACGAUAAAGAUCAUCCCCGAGGAGAAAACAUUGGACCAGCGCUCCCAAUGGCAGUCAAGGUGUCAAAGAUCUCCAUCCCUAUAUUCUCCAGAAAUUAUGCCUCCAGUACAUGGUGCCUCCGUGAGCUCACCCAGAUGGUGGAGUGCAAGAGAACCACAGGACAAUUGAUUCUUCCCAUCUUCUACGACGUCCAACCCUCUGAUGUGAAGCUUCAAUCUAGGUGUUACAAGGAAGCAUUUAGCGAGCACGCCCAACAUUUCCACAUUAAAACUGUUAAGGCAUGGAAGAGGGCAUUGAGAGAGGUUGGAGACCUCAAGGGUUGGGACAUGAUGAAAGAACCUGACAGGUCUGAAGAACUAAAAUUUAUAAAAGAGAAUAUUGUUCCUAAAAUAUUGCUGGAGCUAAAGAAGAACUUCAUGGUUGCAACUGACAUCUUGGUUGGAAUGGAUCACCACCUUGAAGAAAUGAUGAGAUUAUUAGACGUCGUCUCCAAUGAAGUACGAAUAGUUGGUAUCCAUGGCAUUGGUGGUAUUGGCAAGACAACUACUGCCAAAUUUAUCUACAACAAGCUUCUCAAGUGUUUUGAAUGUUGUAGUUUUCUGGCAGAUGUUCAAGAAAGGAUGCAACAACCCAAGGGAGUUAGUGGUUUACAGAAACAACUUCUGUCUGACACCCUAAAAAGUUGUCCUGAAAUUGCUGAUGUUGAUAGUGGAAUUGACUUGAUUAAAAACGUAGUUGUCAAAAAGAAAGUUCUCAUUGUUCUUGAUGACGUGGAUGCAAGCUCGCAUUUUACCACGCUUGUGGGAAAGCGUGAUUGGUUUCAUUCAAGGAGUAGGAUCAUAAUUACAACUAGAGACAUACAUGUUUUAGAUGAUCUUAAAGUGGAUGCGACUUAUGAACUUCCAUUAAUGGAUCAUGUGCAAUCUCUCCAACUUUUCAGCAUGCAUGCAUUUAGAAAGAAGUGGCCUAUAAAUGAUUAUUUAGAUAUUUCUAUGGAUGUUGCAUCUACUGCUGCAGGGCUUCCUCUGGUUCUUGAGGUUAUAGGUUCGUUUCUAUCUAGCAUGGAGAAAGCGGUAUGGGAGGAUGCAUUGAAGAAAUUGGAGAAAUUGCCACAUGAUGAAGUCAUUAAAAAGUUGAGAGUAAUUUAUGAAGCAUUAAAUUUUGCACAACAACAGAUAUUCCUCGAUAUUGCUUGUCUUUUUACUGGAAUGUAUAAAGCAGCUGCAUUUUACAUGUGGGAUGAUUGUGGCUAUCAUCCAAAAAGGGAACUGAAUGUCCUCCUUCUCAUGUCUCUAAUGAAAGUGGGAGAUCCUAAUGAGCUGAAAAUGCAUGAUCAGUUUAGAACUCUUGGUAGGAAAAUCAUAUGUGAAGAAAAGAUUCGGGGAAAUCGUAGUAGGUUGUGGAAUCAUGAGGAAGCAUUGAACUUAUUGGAGGGACGAAGGGGAACAGAAAAGGUCGAAGCCCUAUGUCUUCAUUUUGAAUUAGGACCUGAAAAGAAGCCUCGUUUUACAAGUAAGGAAUUUGCAAAACUAGUGAAUCUAAGGUAUCUCCGAGUGGACGGUGUGGACCUUGUUGGGGAUUUUGAGCAUCGUCUGCCCCGGUUAAGAUGGCUUAAUUGGCGCAGUUGCCCUCCUCAUUUUAAACCAACUAAUUUCUAUACGAAGAAUCUAGUCGUUCUUGAUCUAUCGAAUAGUGGCAUCACAGAAGACUGGGGGGGUUGGAAUCAAAUCAAGGUGGCAAAAAAAUUGAAAGUUCUACAACUGGCUAAUUGUGCUUUAAGGAGAACGCCAGACUUAUCAUCAUAUGCAGCUUUAGAGAUAUUGAUUCUUCAACGCUGUAAAAGUUUGGUCGAAGUCGACCGAUCCAUUGGUAAUCUGAAGAAUUUAAAAGUGUUUGACAUUUCAUAUACUGAUAUAAGGAAUAUACCUGAAGAAAUUUGGAUGUUGGAGAAGCUGGAAGUAAUAGAUUUCACACAUUGUAGUUAUUUAAAGGGGCACAUUCCUAGUAAUAUAGGGAACCUAACAUCUUUGAGAUUCUUAAGCUUUUAUGAUACCAAAAUUCAAAGCAUACCAACAAGCAUUGGGGAGCUCUCUUGCCUUCAAACCCUUAAAUUAGGAGGUUGCACAGAGCUUCAAUCACAGCCUUCGCUUCCCUCAAGUUUAAGGGUUCUUUAUGUCACUGCUAUCCAUAAUCUUGAAAAUUUUGUUAAUUUACAGGAAUUGCACUUUGUUGGGUGCUGUGUGUAUGUGGAAAUUCCUAGAGAUAUUUGGUUAUUAUCCAAAUUGGAGAAAUUGACCUUGGAUUCUACCAACAUUAGGACCCUACCAAAAGAGAUCGAUGCCCUUUCUCAGCUUAAGGUGCUCGAUGUACAAUUCUGUCACGGUCUUCAAUUUAUACUGGGGUUGCCUUCAAGUCUAGUUGAUUUAUCUCUUGCAUUCUGUUCUUCACUGGAAAGAUUGCCCGAUCUGUCAAAUUUGAAAAAUUUGUCGAGAUUGUCGGUUAGAAGUUGCAAUAGGCUGACAGAGGUUCAAGGACUUGGAAAUUUGGAAUCGUUGACAAGGUUGGACAUAUAUGCAUGUGAUAUGCUAGCUAACCUUAUCCUGCAUGAACAGUCACCAUGCUUAUUAUCCUUGACAUCAUUGAAAUAUAUGGAUUUGCAUGGUUGCAAUAAUGUAGGUGAGAUUGAGUGUGAUGAGGCUUUGAAAUGUUCGGUGGAAAUGAACCUGUCAGUGCACCACUCUGCAUUAAGCAGGUCUCUCCAAAAGCGUAAAGAAAGAUUGAGCAUACAGGAGGCAAGCGGUGAAGGUGCUUUUGAUGGCAAGAAGAGGAGCAUUCGCAGCACCCAACCAAAGCCACUCACGCUCAUUACGGCGGAGGAAGUUUCCGCAAAGCUCAACUUCCAAUUUCCUGACCAUGCAAAGCAGCACCAAAAGAGUGAAGAAAAGAAACCCAAUGCGACGGACUUCACAUGGUCUGACCAUGCAAAGCAGCACCAAAAGAGUGAAGAAAAGAAACCCAAUGCGACGGACUUCACAUGGUCUGACCAUGCAGAGCAGCACCGAGAGAGUGAAGAGAAGAAACCCAAUGCGACGGACUUCCCAUGGUCUGACUAUGCAAAGCAAAACCAGGAGAGUGAAGAGAAGAAGCCCAAUGCAAGGGACUACUUCCCAUGGUCUGACGAUUCAAAGCAGCACCAAGCGAGUGAAAGAGAAAAAGCUCAAUGCGAUGGAUUUCCCAUACUCUGA